CAACUCUAUGCAUUGCCGUCUUCCCCUUCCUUUUCUCUCGGAAUUCGCUCUCGUCCGUUCUCUCUCGCUCGCGAUUCGAUCUUUUUGUUCGGUUGCUCGGGGUUUUGGAAACCCUGGUGGAGGAGGAGCAGGGGAUCCAUCGCCUUCGUCUCAGAAACCGCUUCAAGAACCCCGCUGGGGAAGAACGCAGCCGCCGGCGUAGCACCUCCCCUCCUUCGGCCUCCGCCAUGAAUCCGGAGUAUGAUUAUUUAUUCAAGCUUUUGCUUAUCGGUGAUUCAGGUGUGGGAAAAUCAUGCCUCCUCCUAAGAUUUGCGGAUGAUUCUUACUUGGAAAGUUACAUCAGCACCAUCGGAGUUGAUUUUAAAAUACGCACUGUUGAACAGGAUGGAAAGACUGUUAAACUUCAAAUCUGGGAUACUGCUGGCCAAGAGAGAUUCAGAACAAUUACAAGCAGCUAUUACCGUGGUGCCCAUGGUAUCAUUGUAGUGUAUGAUGUGACGGAUCAGGAGAGCUUCAACAAUGUAAAGCAGUGGUUGAAUGAGAUCGAUCGCUAUGCCAGUGACAACGUGAACAAGCUUCUGGUUGGGAACAAGUGCGAUCUUACUGCAAACAAAGUUGUGUCGUACGAGACUGCUAAGGCCUUUGCGGAUGAAAUUGGAAUUCCUUUCAUGGAAGCUAGUGCCAAAAAUGCCACCAAUGUGGAGCAGGCCUUCAUGGCCAUGACUGCUGCCAUCAAGAACAGGAUGGCCAGUCAACCGGCCAUGAACGGUGCGAAGCCGCCAACAGUGCAAAUUCGGGGACAACCUCUCAACCAGAAGAGCAGCUGCUGCUCUUCCUGAGCAUUUAUUUUGACAAUGGCAUGUAAAAAACUAGGUGCGAUUCAAAUUUAUGCUUCUUUCCUAUUUUUAUGCGGUGAUACCAUUCUCCGUCAUAUAAAAGCAGUAUUAUACGACUUUUGGUAACAAGUGUUGUACAACUUUUGGAAA